CGCCUUGUCGAAAAUUGUUCAGUGGAAUAUUUUUUUUUUUCACUUUCCGUCAUUAGGAGUGCAAUUUUUGUUAUCGUUUGUGAUACAACAUUAUGUAACCGAAAGAUACGAAUAGUAUUAGCGUCAAAACAAUCUAAUGACAUAUAUAUUCGCUGUAAACAAAAUUCUCUUUGCAGUCUUUCGAGAACGUUAAAUCCGAUCGCAGGGAAAGUGCUAACUUAAUAAACCUCUUUGGUGAAAAUAAGUUGCCUUAAAAUUCCCACUACAACAAGGCGAAAAUGCCUCCACAAGGCCAGCAAUCGGAAUCAUGGGUGCUGAAUGAGACGGAUUUAAACAAAGACGCCGACACACCGAUCGUCCCACCCUCCGCUGAGAAAAGAAAACUUCAAAUAGUCUGGCGAAAUGUGAUACUUUUCGCAUUAUUACACAUAGGAGGAGUAUACGGCGCCUAUCUGUUUUUCACACAGGCUAUGUGGUCGACUAGAUUAUUUGCUGUUGUCCUAUAUUUAUGUUCCGGAUUGGGCAUAACGGCCGGUGCACACAGACUCUGGGCUCACAAAUCGUACAAAGCAAGGCUCCCUCUACGAAUGCUAUUGACACUCUUCAACACAAUCGCAUUUCAGGAUUCUGUAAUAGACUGGGCCCGUGACCAUCGCAUGCAUCACAAAUACUCCGAAACUGACGCUGAUCCUCACAACGCGACCCGAGGAUUCUUCUUCUCUCAUGUUGGAUGGCUGCUUGUCAGGAAGCAUCCAGAGAUAAAAGCAAAGGGCCAUACGAUCGACAUGAGCGACCUUAAAUCUGAUCCUGUUCUGCGAUUCCAGAAGAGACACUACCUUCUACUAAUGCCUCUGGCCUGCUUCGUUCUGCCAACUUACAUUCCCACUCUGUGGGGUGAAACAUUAUGGAACGCCUAUUUCGUGUGCGCUAUAUUUAGAUACGUAUACGUCUUGAACGUAACUUGGCUGGUAAACUCUGCAGCUCACAAAUGGGGCGACAAACCAUACGACAAGAACAUAAACCCAGUAGAAACUAAACCGGUUUCGUUGGUAGUACUGGGAGAAGGCUUUCACAACUACCACCAUACCUUCCCAUGGGACUACAAGACCGCUGAAUUAGGACAUUACCAGCUGAACUUUUCGAAGCUCUUUAUCGACUUCAUGGCAACAAUUGGUUGGGCCUACGAUCUUAAGACGGUAUCAACUGACGUCAUUGAGAAGCGUGUGAAAAGAACUGGCGACGGUUCUCACAAAGAAUGGGGUCAGGAAAUUAAGGAGAAAAUUAGUCAGGAAUAAAUUCAAAAUCUUAGAUUAUAUUAAUCAAAAAUAAUUAAUAAUUAUAAUGUAAUUAGUUAAACAUAGCUGUCAUAGCGUUCUAAACAUUUGUGACAAUGACUGUAAACAGAUUUGUGUUGAAUAUAUAAGUAUAUAUUAUAAGAUAGUCCGUUUUGAUAUUAAUUUAUUGAUUGUUAUUGUAAUAUUGAAUUUAAAAGACUAAAUAGUUUGUUAGAAAAAUAAAAUUUUAUUUAUAA